CCUACGAAGCAUCAUAAAUCCUGGCAAUUGUUGUACUCGCUGCAUCUUUCGCCGCAAGAGCCGUACGAUCGGCUCCAGCCAUUAGAUUCCGCCGAUCAGUAUCAGACCACUUACACUUAGCAAAACCGUUUUUAAACUGCUCGUCACCUCAAGUCUUAAAACAUGUCUUCUUCCUCUCACAUCUCAAGAUCUCACUAGCCGAGCUUCACUUCCCAGUUCCCCACACACGGCUCCCCGUUCCCCUGCCUCCGGCGCCGCCAAACCCUAGCCCGCCCGAGCCAGCCGGAGGAAGAGGCGGGACGGUCGCUAUGGGGUGGGCGGCGCGGUUCCUGACGGCGGUCUCGUUCCUCGCCGCGGGCGUCCUCUUCGCGCCGGACGCGCUCCUCGGCGGCAGCCCCGGCCGCCCCGCCGCCGGCGUUGCGGCGGCCAGGCUCGCCCACCUCCUCUGCUUCGCCACCGCCUGGGGCGCCGCGCUCUGGGUCACCUUCAUCGGCGGCAUCGUCAUGUUCAAGAACUUGCCAAGGCACCAGUUUGGGAAUCUACAGGGGAAGAUGUUCCCAGCCUACUUCAUGUUGAUAUCAGUGUGCUCAGCCAUAUCGGUAGCAGCAUUUGCAUACCUCCACCCAUGGAAGACAGCUUCAACUAUUGAGCGUUACCAGCUGGGAUUCCUUCUUGCGGCCCUUGGUUUUGACCUCUCCAAUCUUCUUGUCUUCACCCCCAUGACCAUCGAGAUGAUGAUGAAGAGGCACAAGAUCGAGAAGGACCUCGGCAUCGGCAGCGAGGUGGGUGGUUCGAGGAAUUCCGACGUUGCGAAGACGAGUCCCGCGCUUGCGGCGAUGAACAAGAAGUUCGGGAUGAUCCACGGGCUGUCGUCGCUGGCAAACAUCAUGGCGUUCGGCAGCCUUGCCAUGCACUCCUGGCAUCUCGCCAGCAAGCUCAAGUUGUGACUGGCUGAAGGUCAACCUCCAUGAGUCCAUCUUAUGACCCCUCUUCU